GGGAUGGAGGCGCUGGCAAGUCGGCAACAGGAACUGAGUGCGGUGGAGGAACUAAGCCAGAUGGCUCGAAGGGCUGGGUAGUGCUGAGGUGUGGAUGUAUGAAUGUCCCUUGCUGCCGCGACAAAUCAUAGUCCAUCUCAAAAGCUAAAUGUUGAGCCGCGAUGCGACGGUGUCGUGAAACUUGAUAAAAAGAAACGGGGAAAAAAUGAGGAAAACUGGAUUUGUGACAGCUUCAACAACUUUACUUUUCGUUCCUAUCUGGCGCUGUUUUUCUUCUUAUAAUGCAUCGCACAUUCAGUACCCGCCUGUGAGCCAUACUGUCGGGACGUCUGCCUCUCGUUGUGUUGGUUCAGAAAGCAAUACUCAGUACCGAUCACCAACAGCAUUUUGCUACUGCCUUCUGUCAUGGAUAUUGAACCCCUGCCUGGGACCAGUAAGUCGCAAGCGCUGCCCUCGUUAUGAAUAUGAUGACUCCACCCACCCAUGUCAAACCAACAUGAUCAGGCCAAAUCAUUACCCCUUCAAGGCAAGUGUCCGAGUACCAAGACGCGAUCCGUAUCGACACUUUGCUGAGGGGCUUCACCUGAUAGUGUACAGGAAAGAUUUUGACUUUAUUAAGCUACCAGGCGGAGCAGGGGAGCUGCAGCCGGAGACAUGACGAAGGCGAUUGGUGAGGGUGAAGAAGCUUGAGAGGUCUGCAGAAGCCUCAUGAUUCUUUAAUCCGCAAGUGACAACUUCAGCUCCCGUGGUAAUCAACUCGAUUCAUCAGAAUCCUGCUUCUAUCGGCCGCCUUUCGGUAUGUAACGAGGUCAGUAUCAUAACAUCGCGU